UGAAUGUUUUGGGAGAAUUCUUUUGUUUCUAACGCGAUGAGCCACAUUAUUUGAGCAGCUUGGCUAAGACCCAGCCGGCUGCGUAGAGCCGGAUAGACUAUUCGGCCGAAACCGAAUAAACCAUUGUACAUUUGGGGGCGAUAGAGCUAGGAGCACAUCUGUUUCUGCGACGGUUGUUGAACUCUUGACACUUGACUGGCUGGCCGGCAAAAAUAUUGAUAAUCGCCCCGGGGCUCAAUCAGAACCGAAACAGAAUUCGUGGUGUCAGCACAUUUGGUGGGAGCUCAGAUAAACGGCGGCAACGAAACGAGUCACAUGGAAGUGUCCAAAAUGAGCGUGCCGGAGUUGGUUAUAUGCUCCUUCAUUGUGGUCAGCCUGCUGGUCAUACACUUCUUCUCGGAUCUGCUGCGGGCAUCUUUGGGAGGCCACUAUAGCCAGGAUGUGACCCUCUCCCAUCUUGUUGAAGCCCAGAGCUCGGAUUAUGCCUGGUUGCUGAAGCUCCUGGUCAACUGCUUUGGCUACAGUUGCGUCUUUGUGCCAGGAUAUUUGAUUUACAAAUAUGUGGCACGAACCAACUACCUGGAGAGGGGCAACAAGACGUGCUUGUACCGGGCCGUCAACAUGUGCAUCACUGGCAACUCCAGUUACGACCAAUUGGAGCCGCUUGGCUCGUCCCCGGCAGACAAGGAACGACCUGCGGUGUCCACACCACCGAAGAGAACUAGCUCCCAGGAGGCAGUGCAGUUGAUGUGGUGUUUUGGCGGCCUUAUGGUGUCCUAUCUCACGUGGGGUGUCCUGCAGGAAAAGAUAAUGACGCAGCACUAUCUGAACUUUGCCGGCGAGAGUUCCAAGUUCAAGGACUCUCAGUUUCUGGUGUUCGCCAACCGACUGCUGGCCUUUCUGGUAGCUCUGGUGUAUCUGCAGUGGCAGCCGUCGCCCGUCCGACACCGGGCACCUUUGUACAAGUACUCCUAUGCCUCCUUCUCGAAUAUAAUGAGUGCCUGGUUCCAGUACGAGGCCCUGAAGUUCGUCAACUUUCCCACUCAGGUGCUGGCCAAGUCCUGCAAGAUAAUCCCCGUGAUGCUGAUGGGUAAGAUUAUGUCCAAGGCCAAGUACGAGACGUACGAGUAUGCCACGGCAUUGCUCAUCUCACUGGGCAUGAUCUUCUUCCUUGGCGGUUCCUCGGAUAGCUCUAAAGCCAGCGGGGUGACCACUUUGACGGGAAUCUUUCUGCUUUCCAUGUACAUGGUUUUCGAUAGCUUCACUGCCAAUUGGCAGGGAUCGCUCUUUAAAAGCUAUGGCAUGACCUCGCUGCAGAUGAUGUGUGGCGUGAAUCUCUUCUCGUCGAUCUUUACCGGAGCAUCGCUGUCCAUGCAGGGCGGAUUUAUGGAUUCCCUGGCCUUUGCCACGGAGCAUCCAAAGUUCGUGUUCGACAUGGUUGUGCUCUCUAUUUGCUCAGCGGUCGGCCAAUUGUUUAUCUAUCACACAAUUGAUGUCUUCGGCCCAGUUGUGUUUACUAUCAUCAUGACUCUGCGUCAGGCGGUGGCCAUUAUGCUCUCGUGCUUCAUCUACCAGCACAGCAUUUCGGUGCUGGGCUUCUUUGGCGUCUUGAUCGUCUUCGUGGCGAUAUUCUUGAGGGUCUACUGCAAUCAACGGAUGAGGGCGCUGCGCAAACGGGCCGAGGCUAACAAACCCAAGAUGGCAGUAUAACACCAGACGGGGAUUCAACUCGAAUGCAACGCACAGACUUCCUAAAUGCAUAAAAAUAUAUAAAAACCUUCUUCCAAAGCCAAAUCAGAGGCAGCUUAUCAUCCCCUCACUCCCACUUUUGUACAGGUUUUGUUUCCUAGUGUUAGUCGUAAGUUGAAUGUAUACUUGUAUCCUUAAAUUGUAAGCCUAGACGCCUCACAUGUGUGCUUAAAUAAAUAUUUUAUAUAACAAAAA